AGCGAGACGCCGCAGGCAGGCAGGCAGCGCCACUCCGCGGGCGAGCGGCAACACCAACAGCAGCGCAGCGGCGGUUGCAGUAAAAGCACGCGCUCCUCUCCCCUGCCCCUCGCACUCCCAAACCCACGAACCCCUGCUCUGCUCCGACCGAAUGCGCGAGUAACGCCGCGCUCGCCCGCCCGCCGGCGAGAUCGAACCCCCACCCGACGAAGGAACGGCCGGCGCGAUGCCGUCCUCGUCCGGCGAGCAGGUGCCCCCGUGGCUCAAGUCCCUCCCGUUGGCGCCCGAGUUCCGCCCCACGGCGGCCGAUUUCGCCGACCCUAUCGCCUACCUCCUCAAGAUCGAGCCCGCCGCCGCGCCCUUCGGCAUCUGCAAGGUGGUGCCCCCGCACCCGCCGCCGCCCAAGCGGACCACCCUCGCCAACCUCUCCCGCUCCUUCGCGGCGCUCCACCCGGACGACGCCUCCCCGACAUUCCCCACCCGCCACCAGCAGCUCGGCCUCUGCCCGCGCCGCCCGCGCCCGGCGCUCAAGCCCGUUUGGCUCUCCACCCACCGCUACACGCUCCCGCAGUUCGAGGCCAAGGCCGCGGCUUCCCGCAAGGCGCUGCUCGCCCGCCUCAACGUCCCCGCCUCCAAGCAGCUCUCGCCGCUCGACGUCGAAGCGCUCUUCUGGCGCUCCGCGGCCGACCGCCCCGUCGCCGUGGAGUACGCCAGCGACAUGCCCGGCUCCGGGUUCGCACCCUGCCUCGCGGCGGCGGCGCAGGGGAACGUGGGCGAGACGGCGUGGAACAUGCGCGGCGUCGCCAGGAGCCCCGGCUCGCUGCUGCGGUUCAUGCGGGAGGAGGUGCCCGGGGUCACCUCGCCCAUGCUCUACGUUGCCAUGAUGUUCAGUUGGUUCGCGUGGCACGUCGAGGACCACGACCUGCACAGCCUCAACUACAUGCAUUCCGGGGCACCCAAGACGUGGUACGGGGUGCCGUGCGACGCUGCGCUCGCGUUCGAGGAGGUGGUGCGCGUCCACGGCUACGGCGGGGAGGUGAACUCCUUAGAAACGUUUGCAAUGCUGGGGGACAAGACGACGGUGCUGUCCCCUGAAGUGCUCGUGGGCUCAGGGAUUCCCUGCUGCAGAUUGGUGCAGAAUGCAGGGGAGUUCGUAGUCACUUUCCCCGGAUCAUAUCACAGCGGUUUCAGUCAUGGAUUCAACUGUGGGGAAGCAUCAAAUAUAGCUACUCCUCAAUGGUUGAGAGUCGCGAAAGAGGCAGCAGUCCGCAGAGCUUCAAUCAAUCGUCCUCCCAUGGUUUCACACUAUCAAUUGCUCUAUGAACUUGCACUGUCAAUGUGCUUGAGGGAUAUGUCCAGUGGGGCUAUGGAACCACGGAGUUCUAGAUUAAAGGAGAAGAAGAAAGGUGAAGGGGAACAAUUGGUCAAACAGAUAUUUGUCCGAAAUGUUAUUGAGGACAAUAAGCUGCUUAGUCAUUUUCUGAGUGAUGGGUCUUCUUGCAUUAUUCUUCCAACAAAUGCCCAUGAUGGUCCUGUACUAUCAACUUUACUCUCAAAAUCUCAGUCAAAAACUAAAUUUAGGAUGACGGAUGGCCUGUGCAGUAACGGAGAAGCACCAAAAGACUCAGGAUGCUUACCACUGAAUGGAGCACUUGGUAAGAAUGGGGCAUUGUCUUCAUCCAAAGGAAGUUCAUUAUCAGUCUGCUCAGGGAAGGAGUUCCCACCUACAACAUGUAUGCAUGACUGUGUAAACAUGUCUAGCUCCCUAGAUGCACAUAAUGCAGAAAUUGAUGAGGCCGAUUUUAUCAGUGCUGCUGGCCUUUUAGAUCAGGGUUUAUUGUCCUGUAUCACUUGUGGGAUUUUGAGUUUUUCAUGUGUGGCUGUGAUCAAACCAACAGAGUGUGCAGCAAAAUGGUUGAUGUCUGCUGAUUAUAAUUUGAUCAAUAAUCAACUUGUUGGUUCUGGAGAAAGUCAUCUGGCAGAUGCAUUAAGAAGUGUGAGCACAAGUAAUGGCAUUUUAUGGUCUGAUUUUGAACUGAAUGGCAGCAAAAUAAUUUCUGAUGCUGCACCUCUGAAUAGGAAUUCUGCUCUUGAUCUUUUGGCAUCAGCUUAUGGAGGUCAAUCAGAUUCUGAUGAAGAUGUUCUGAACAAAAAAAUUCAGGUCUGUAAUGACUCCAAUGAAUUAUUGAGUAACAUGAUUGAAUCACAACCCAAUAGUACAAGUAGUUCAAGUAAUGUUGAUUGCGAUGGAACAAAGGUGUCCUCAAGUAGCAAAGAAUGCCAACAACGGCCAUCUUCCCAGAGCUCACAGUGUAUCGGAUGCCCAAAUACCUUGAAUGGACCAAUAGGUGUUCGCACAAGAAAUAAGUAUCAACUUAAGAUGGUGCUUUCUGAAGGUUUUCAACCAAAAGAUAUGUAUUCCUCAAUGCAAAAGAAGGUUCAAUCUGAACCAUCAAGCUCAAACAAGAGUUCAAUGGAACCACUUUGUGUAACAGAUUAUGAUGCUAGUCAUAACAGUGCUACAAUCUCUAUGGAUGGUAACAGAAGCUCUACAAUUAUGAUGAACAACUUAGCUACAUCGAUCGUGAAAUCUGAUAAGGAUUCAUCAAGAAUGCAUGCAUUUUGUCUUGAACAUGCUAUCGAGGUUGAAAAGCAACUUCAAACUAUCGGCGGUGCCCAUAUUGUUCUUUUAUGUCAUCCAGAAUAUCCCAAAAUAGAAGCAGAAGCAAGAUUGUUGGCUGAAGAAAUGGAAGUUGAGUAUGAUUGGAAGGACAUUUAUUUCAGAGAGGCCAGCAUGGAGGACAAGGAGAAGAUACAGGAAGUUGUGCGAGAUGAGGAAGCAAUACUAACAAAUAGUGAUUGGGCUGUAAAACUGGGUAUUAACCUUUACUAUAGUGCUAAUCUUGCUAAGUCUCCUUUAUACAAUAAGCAAUUGCCGUACAACAGAGUCAUCUAUAAGGCAUUUGGCUGCAAUUCUCCCAAUAACUCACCAGUAAAGCUGACGACUUAUGCCAGAAGACAAGGCAGGCAGAAGAAAGUGGUCUUGGCUGGCCGGUGGUGCGGGAAAGUAUGGAUGUCAAACCAGGUCCAUCCUUACUUGGCACACAGGAUUGAAAGUCGCGAGCCAGAAGAAACAGAUGGAUAUCAUCUUGAUCAGAAACCCAAAGCUGAAGCAGUUGACAAUUCAAGUAGAGAGGCAGCCUCCACAAGAAAGAGUAGCAGCAGGGCAGUUGAAGGAAAAACAAGCAAGAGGGAGAAAGAACCUGUGGAGAAACCAAACACCAAGAAGACAAAACAUACUGAAGAGGACAAUUCCAAGUCAUUUAUAGGUGCUGCAGAAGCCUCUACAAGAAAGAGUAGUAGCAGAACAGUUGUAGAACAAACAAGCAAGAGAGAGAAAGAACCUGUGGAGAAAGAAAACACCAAGAAGCCAAAACAUACUGAAGAGGACAAUUCCGAAGCAUUAAAAGAUGCUUCAGAAGACUCCUCCCCAUCACCAGCUGGGAUGGUACUCCGUAGUAGCUCUAGGAUUGCCAAUAGAAAAAACAAGCUGAAAUCAAAGAUGGAAGAAGAGGAAAAUGGUCCAGCUAGCCGUCCAAAGUCAAUGGUUAAAGAGGAUAAUGAUGAUUCUGCUAGCCAUUCGAGAGCAAGAUCGAUAAGGCAGAACACUAAAGUAGCCCCGAAGAAGCAAACGAAGAAAACUAGAGGAGAAAAGCGAAGUUCUCCAAGUCUAACUGUUCUAAAGGAUGAAGAAGAACAACCAUCUGAUGUCGAGGGAUGUUCUAAGAGUUCAAUCACAAAACAGCAGCUGUCUGUACAUAAGCAGAAGACUAAAGUAGAAGCAAAGAAGCAAAUGAAGAAAAGUAGAGAAAGUAGAAGGGCCCCAAGUUCUCCAAAGCAUGAAGAAGAGUACACAUGCAAUAUUGAGGGCUGUUCGAUGAGUUUUGGCACAAAACAGGAACUGUCUUUGCAUAAGCGUGAUAUCUGUCCAGCGAAGGGCUGUCGCAGGAAGUUCUUCUCGCACAAGUAUCUGCUGCAGCACCGUAAGGUUCACACUGAUGACCGUCCGCUGAAAUGCUCAUGGAAGGGUUGCAAUAUGGCAUUCAAGUGGACAUGGGCAAGGACAGAGCAUAUGAGGGUCCAUACGGGAGACAGGCCCUACGUUUGCCACGAGCCAGGGUGUGAACAGACAUUCAGGUUUGUCUCCGAUUUCAGCCGUCACAAGCGCAAGACAGGUCAUUUAGCCAAGAAGGCAAAAACAAAGAAAUGAGCCAAAGCAGCAGUAACUUACAGUAGUUGUGGAAGGAACAGGAGAAAGGUUGUAUAUUCCAUUGGUACCCAGAGCCCAUGGUAGAUUGGUAGUCUCUGCUCACAGUUUCAUUAGUUACUAGUUAGUUUAGCACUGAUCUCUGUUUAACGGAUUCCAUUGGGGCCACAAUCAAUGUGCUCCCCUGUCACUAAUUUGGUUAUCAUUCACUAAUUAUCAUAGUUAGCCAUGCUCUCCUCUGCUGUUUGAUGCAUUGGCUCUUGGCACAGUAGCACCUACGUUCAUGGUUAACUAUAAUAUAUUCUCAUCUGUC